GGAUGAUGCCCCCAGGGCCGUGUUCCCCUCCAUUGUGGGCCGCCCUCGCCACCAGGGCGUCAUGGUGGGUAUGGGUCAGAAGGACUCCUACGUAGGAGAUGAAGCCCAGAGCAAGAGAGGUAUCCUGACCCUGAAGUACCCCAUUGAACAUGGCAUCAUCACAAACUGGGAUGACAUGGAGAAGAUCUGGCAUCACACCUUCUACAAUGAGCUGCGUGUGGCCCCUGAGGAGCACCCCACCCUGCUCACGGAGGCCCCCCUUAACCCCAAAGCCAACCGUGAAAAGAUGACCCAAAUCAUGUUUGAGACCUUCAACGUCCCUGCCAUGUACGUGGCCAUCCAAGCUGUGCUGUCCCUGUACGCCUCUGGCCGUACCACUGGUAUCGUGCUGGACUCUGGCGAUGGUGUGACACACAAUGUCCCCAUCUAUGAGGGGUAUGCCCUGCCCCAUGCCAUCAUGCGCUUGGAUCUGGCUGGCCGGGACCUCACUGACUACCUGAUGAAGAUCCUGACUGAGCGUGGCUAUUCCUUCGUCACCACAGCUGAACGUGAGAUUGUCCGUGACAUCAAGGAGAAGCUGUGCUAUGUGGCGCUGGACUUUGAGAACGAGAUGGCCACUGCUGCCUCUUCCUCCUCCCUCGAAAAGAGCUAUGAGCUGCCUGACGGGCAGGUCAUCACCAUUGGCAACGAACGUUUCCGCUGCCCAGAAACCCUCUUCCAGCCUUCCUUCAUUGGUAUGGAGUCCGCAGGGAUCCAUGAGACCACCUACAACAGCAUCAUGAAGUGUGACAUUGACAUCAGGAAGGACCUGUACGCCAACAAUGUCAUGUCUGGGGGUACCACCAUGUACCCAGGUAUUGCUGACCGCAUGCAAAAGGAGAUCACAGCCCUGGCCCCCAGCACAAUGAAGAUCAAGAUCAUUGCCCCACCUGAGCGUAAGUACUCUGUCUGGAUCGGUGGCUCUAUCCUGGCCUCCCUGUCCACCUUCCAGCAGAUGUGGAUCACAAAGCAGGAAUAUGAUGAAGCUGGCCCAUCCAUUGUCCACCGUAAAUGCUUCUAAACAUGUUUACAUGAUCACUUUGCCAACCACGCUCAGGAUGACAACCUUCUAGGUUGCAGGCUGCCAAGGACCUGCAACAGCCAUGUAACUUUCUAUUUUGUAAUGGUUUCCGGUUACUGUUGCUGCAAAGCUCCAGGUGACACAGUGUAUGUAAAGUGUACAUAAAUUAAUUUAUUUUACCUCGUUUUGUUUGUUUUUAAAACCAAUGCCCUGUGGAAGGAAACAAAAAACUUCAAGAAGCAUUAAAUCAUUGGUCAUUCUGUCACACCCCUAA